UUAAUUCUGAUGUCACGUCUGACUUCAUAUCGACCCGAUCAAAUAACAUCACAUUGCUUUUAGUGUUUAAAAUUGUAUCCGUCAUAGGUGCAAAGCUCCAUUCACCUUCUCAGAUCCGAUUAGAUUAUAGUUCUUCAGUGUUCCUAUGCCUGCACGGUAACCAGAAGUUUCCGGUACUUCUUGAACCGGCCAGCAAGAUGAAACGUUUCGCCGUCUCCUGUUUCCUGCUGUGUCUUCUCUUCUUGGAUGGGACCGCGUUUUACAUCGUACUGAAAAAGCCAGACAAGGAAGAAAAAGGCUUCAAAGGGGCUUUUUGUUACAUGUUACCGGACAUCUGGAAACGAAAUUCAACCGAAGUCUUCGUUCCAGAAUGCACACAGGUGUAUACUCAACCUCGCUGCGGUGGAAAUCCCUUCAAACUGGAGGCGGCGCGUCAGCCAACAGUAACAAAAUUUAAUCCCUUGCCUCCAUAUUUAAAAAUGGCUAUCAUCUCCGUGAGCGAUUGCUAGUAAUAAUGGUCAUGAUAAUUAAGUACGACUGGAUGGAUAAGUACGAAUAUACCUCUGAGAACUUUUUUGACUUCUUGACCCAUUGUGGAUUUGCUUGGAUUAUGAAAUAAAAACAAAUUGCAGAUUUUUUUUCCUGAAUUGAGAAAAUAAAUUUUCUUGAUUUCUAUAAUUCUUUAAA